AUGUCGUCGUCGGAAAGUGUGCGUAACCGUAAUACUGAUGUUCGUCGCAUUAACCUCUGUGGUAGCGGAGCAGUGCAAAAAACGAGAUUUUGUUCCAAUAGAAUAAGUACUUGUAAAUAUAACGUCGCAUCAUUCCUCCCACGAUUUCUUUAUGAACAAUUUCGUCGCUAUAAUAAUAUAUUCUUUUUAACGAUAGCCUUACUUCAGCAAAUUCCUGAUGUUAGCCCAACUGGACGGUACACAACAGCGGUGCCGUUCAUGAUAAUUUUAUCUGUUUCAGCAAUUAAAGAAAUUUUCGAAGAU